AUGAGUAUGAAAGUGGCCUUUUUGAUGGUCCUAUUUUCUAUAGUAGGUCUAGUAAGUUCAAAUGAUAACUGCUAUCCUGAAACAGUUUACAUGACUUUAGGCGAGUAUUAUUCUCCUGACUAUUCUGAAAUAGGUUGCACUAACACACUUUAGAUUUCUUUUUCUACUGUUAACUAAUGUUCAGAUUCAUAUGUUAUUGUCUUUCCUGAAACUAAUGAAGAAGCAGAACUAUUUGAAACUAAGAAUUUCUUCUAAUAAAAUGCUGAACCUAUUUUAGGUGUAAAACAAUCAGUAGUUGAAUAAAGCUGGAAUGGAGAGAAAUUUUGCCACAAUGGAAAAAAUUGUGAAAAAGUUUACUACUAGAAAUUCGUUCACUAUUUUACUUUUGAUUUAUGCUCGUUUUAAAAGAGAUUUACUUACAAAAUAUAUGGAAACAUUAAUGAAAGUCCAAGAGUAUUUACAGGCAUUAUUCCUAAGAGAGACAGAUCAUCAGAUGAAAUUCAACAAUUUUUAGCAUUUGGAGAUCAUGAAAUCUCAGUACCUGGAAAUUAUACUAUCUCCUCUUUAUCUAAAUUGGUUGAGGAAAAGAAAGAAUACGACGGUAUCCUCUUUUUAGGAGAUUACGCCUAUGAGUUUUAUAACAACAAUGCCACUAAAGGAGACAUUUAUAUGAAUUCUAUGGAACCUUUUUAUAGUUAUUGGCCAUACAUGUUUAGUCCUGGUAACCAUGAAGAUUGCUAAAACUUUGCAUUCGUUAAUCAAAAAUUCCAUAUGAUGAACAAUAUUAGCUAGCAAAAUAACAAUGUCUUCUCCUUUAAUAUUGGAAAAGUUCAUUUCUUGUCUGUAAAUUUGCACUACUUUAACAAUGGAACUGGAGUUAUCGAUCCAUAAAUCUAAGAAUCAAUGUUAUAAUCAGUAGAAAAAGAUUUAAUUGCUGCUAAUUUGAAUAGAAAAAAUCAACCAUGGAUAUUUAUCCUCGGCCACAAGCCUAUUUACUGUGUAGGAAGAGCUGAUUGUUAUGAUUAUUAUGUUCAAUAUCAAUAAUUCGAUUAACUCUUCUAUAAGUAUGGAGUUGAUAUUUUCUUGGCUGCUCAUUAGCAUGAAACUACUAAAUACUAUCCUAUGUAUUAAAAUGACACAAUGCCCUAUUAAUAAUUCAAGCAAAAUAUUAUUUUGAAUCCUAAGAGUUAUAUGUAAAUAUUACAAGGAAAUGCUGGAUGCGAUGAUAUGGCACACACUGAUGUAUAUUAUAACGCUACAUGGGUUUUAAGCAGGUCAUUUGAUCCAGGUUUUGGAACUCUCCAAAUUAUUAACGACAACCUCAUUUAGUUUUUAAACUAUGAUUCUUAGACUAAUAGCUCACUUGAACCAACCAUGAUAUACUCUGAUCAUUCAUAUCAUAUCAAAAAUAAUACUAUCGACUAUGGGCACUAUAUAAAUAUCUGA